UCUAGCGGUGCUCAACUGACAGUUGCUGAAGCGUGUCGCAUUAUCGAAGAAGAUGCACUGUACACAUUCACCAAAGUGGAUCUUUGUCUCAACAGUCGAUUAGCCGAUAGAUUGACGGCUAAUUCGACCCCUGUGGUUUUCGAUCCGUCCGAGCUCUUCGUAGACUGGCCGUCCGGCGGUACAGAUGGCGGCAAAGAUAUAAGAAUUUUGGUUGAUGAAUUGGUAAAACAUUUAUCUGCUGAGGGUUGGGUCUAUCCAUCCAGUGAACCGAUCGGCGGUCAUGUGGCUUAUCGCUUCCUGAAUGGAGGUAACCGAUUAGAGGACGCGGUAUUGUCAACUAUUCGAAAUAUCAAUGACCGCAAUCCUGCGGGGAACGGUGCAGACGCAAGAACCAUCCUAAGUUUGAUCCGACUGUCAAAGCUUGGAGAUUGGUGUCGACUGUCGUUCCCUGCGUUACGUCGUAUCUUGGAUCGAUUGGAAGGAAACAGCCGGAUAUACCAAGUCCAACCUUCGGUGUACAAGACCGCAUAA